AGUGGAGCUGGAGCGCUGUCCAGGGUGCUGAAGCGUGAGUGUCAAUCAUCUCUCCAUCUAAACGCCUUCAUCUCCCGGAGACUUUGAAGCGGUUAUAUGUAUAAAGUCGUAUGCAUACGGAGCAGAAGAACGCGCUCUUUUGUGUCUGAUGUUUGAGGUGUGAUCGAGGGAUGAUUGAGCUGAUGGACGUGUCCAGCGGGUCUCUGUGUACUGGCGUGUCAGAGCAGCGGUCAGUGUUCCUGGUGUCCGAGUCACACGGUCAGCAGGUGCUCAGUGUUCUUCAGCGUUUCAGAGAGAGAGGAGCUCUGUUCGACUUCAGCAUCCGUGUGCAGGAGGAGACGCUUCCGUGUCACCGCUAUGUUCUCGCCGCAUGCAGCGACUUCUUCAGGGCGAUGUUUGAGCUGGACAUGCGGGAGCGUGAUGACGGCACCGUGACCCUCAGUAACCUCUCGCCGCAGGCCAUCCACACCUUCCUGGAUUUUGCGUAUUCUGGUGAAAUAGAAAUCAGAGAAGACAAUGUGGACAUGCUGUUUCAACUGGCUUCUUUCCUGCAGGUGGGCUUCCUCUCUCGCGCUUGCAGUGACUUCCUGGUCCAAACGCUGGAUCUCUCCAACUGCCUGCAGCUGUUAGCGCUCGCCGAGGGUUACGGCUCCUCGCGUCUCCUGCGUCGCGCAACCGACUUCGUCACGCAAAACUUCCACGCACUUUCCUCCGCUCCGGACUUUCUGGAGAUGCCGGCGUGCAUCUUGGAGCACUGCCUGUCUUCAGACGCACUCAACGUCCCGGAUGAAGAAAGCGUCCUGCAUGCGCUGCUCCGCUGGAUGCAACACGAGCCGCAGUCGCGCAAAAUCCUUCUACCGAAGCUGCUUCCGCGGGUCCGUCUACACCAUCUGCGUCCGUCUGCGCUGGAGGAGGCCGAGCGGCUGCUAAGCGCAGACGGAUGCUGCAUUAGCGCGAUUAAACAAGCUCUCGCAGACAUUCAUAGCUUCAGCGGCUUGUUUUGCGAUGCUCGGCCUUCUACGACAUCCAGCUAUAUUUUUGUGCACAAAACAGAGGAUAGCGGAGAGGUUCGACAUGCGUUCUGCUACAACAUUGGUGCGGAUCUCUGGAUGGAGCUUCCAAAUGACGCAGCGCAGAUUUUAGACCGGCCCGGAUCAUCACUCACCAGUUUCGGAGAAAAACUCUUCAUCAUUGGCGGAUGCCGCGGCGAAUGUCGUCGCACUAUUCGCCUGCACAUCGCCGCGCAUCAGCAUGACGCGACGGACGAAGUCUGGUGCUACUGUCCUGUCUCGCGCAGCUUCACACCAGCUCUGCGCAUGCGCCACCCGCGGACGUUGCAUGCAUCCGUCGUCGCUCUAAAUCGCAUUUAUGUAAUCGGUGGGAAAACACGCAAUGCUUGUAGCAUUCUGGACAUUGAAUACUUUGAUCCUCUAAGCGGCGUUUGGACAUCCGUCAGCCCUCUUCCCAAAGGAAUCUACUUUCCGGAAGCGAGCGCAUGCGGAAGCAUCAUUUACACGCUCGGAUCCGAGGUGGAGAUUACCGAAGCUUUCAAUCCUUCUCUCGACUGUUUCUUUCGCUACGAUGCCGUUGCGAAUCAGUGGUGCCAACUAGUGGCAGAGUUCGGCCAGUUCUUCCACGCAACGCUCGUCAAAUCCGUGUCCAUCAAUAACACACUGUAUCUGUGCGAUCUUUCUACGUAUAAAGUCUACAGCUUCUGUCCGGACAGUUGCGUUUGGAAAGGUGAAGGCUCCUUCGAAUGCGCUGGGUUCAACGCGGGCGCCAUCGGCGUGCGGGAUAAGAUCUACAUUCUGGGUGGCGAUUAUUCGCCCGAUGAGGUCACGGACGAAGUGCAGGUGUAUGAUAGCGGACGGUCCGAAUGGCAGGAGGUUUCGCCGAUGCCGCGAGCGCUGACGGAGUUUCACUGUCAAGUGUUGAGCUUCAACCGCUACAGAGAUCCGUGGAGGAGAGAAACCGCAGAAACACCCUGAAUGAGAGAUCUGGGGCCUCAUUUAUAAAAUGUUGCUCAGAAACCAUCCUAAAUUUGAUCUUAAGAUCAUCUCUUAAAUAUGCAUACGUCAGGGACGUUUCCUCCGAGUAGCAAAGGGAGGCAGCCAUGUUUCCAUCCACCUAUUUUUAUGCACAUUUUGGAAUAUCGCAUAAAAAAACACUGGAUGGAAACAUCAAGAUGCGCAGAAAUUCUAAAAAUGCACAAUUGAGUACGAUAAACGUUUUAUCUGAUAAGAAAAAAUGUGCAUAAACUAUGAUGGAAACAUAUUUACUGAAUAAAUUCCUCCAUGUGCAUCGAAAAAGUCAUGUGACUUUGCGCUAUGAGACGAGAUAACUUGACUAACCAGUGGACUGAUCUCGUUCACACAUAUGUUGUUCUGGUCGUUCUGAAAUAUCUGAGCAAAGUCUGCCAUGAAAAGUAUUUCUGUAUAAAUGUCUUACACGACUGCGUCCCCAAACAGAAGGCAUCGGCCUCUAAAAGCAAUGACUGCAUUUAUUGUGUUUCGUCUGCUCGCUCUGAGGCGCAAAUAAUUUAUUACAUAUCAAAAUUAUUAUAUUCAGUGGCUUCUCCUAGUUUUCUUAGUGAUAUUUAGCGCCAGUUUAUCAGGAAGUGACAAUUUAGUCCUCUUUGACUCGUUGGAUGGAAACGGUGCUUUAUUCGCGAAUGUUUUAUGCGAUAUUCCAGUUUUGCGCGUAAGUUAAAUUCACAUCUUUGGAUGGAAACGUAGCUAAUGUCUCAUCAAAAAACUGGAUGAGAAUAUGGUAGAUAUUACAGAAAUUAAACAAGGCAAAUAUUACGAAAUAUGACAUUAGAAGUAUAAGUCACCCGUUUUUAUGAAGUAACAAAGGUAAAGUUACAGCUGAGGCUUGCCUCCCUUCAGUCCAUUGACUUAAAACAGAGACCCAUAAGCAUGCCUGGGUUUAGUGGGGGGUAAUUGAAAAUGAAUGGGGGAAAGUCACCUGAGAGGAGGCAAUGCCUGAGACAUGAAUUUACAUUUGAUUAAAAAAAAAUAAAACUUUUCCCUCAUUUUAGAACAGCACCACACACCACUGGCGUACAUGUGAUUCACAGAAUGCACCGAAAGCACACAUAUGCCUCUCUUUCAGAUGUGAAAUCUAUGAAUGGCAAAUUAUCUUAAACUUGCACGCAACUUAAUGGUUUCAGCUCUCUGCCUUGUAAACAACUCCUAAUUAAUGUUACUAAGAUAUAAAAGAUCACCAGUCAUCAUCCAAAUUCUUUAAUUUAGAACAGCGAGCUGUAAAAAAAAAGCUUACAUUUCCAAAAACCUGCAGUGCUCGAACAAGAAAAAGUGUGUAUGACUGCACAGACCCUGACAGGACACUUAGCACUUUUCCACGUCAAAGCCAGUUUUACAAAUAUGAGCGUUAGCAUGGAUUUAAGCGCACGCAUACUCUAAGAUCAAAUCUGAUCAUAUGCACGCUUUAUAAAUAAGGCUCCUGGAAUCCAACGGGAACCCAUCAACUCAAUUGAGGCCACGAUGCACUAAUUCAUUUUGAAAACGAGGUAAUGAAAAGUAAAUUGCGGCCAUGUUUUAAAGGAAUAGUUCACUCAAAAAGGAGAAUGUGCUUACUCUCAGAUCGUCCAAGAUCAGGAUGAGUUUGUUUCUUCAUCAGGUUUGUAGAAAUGUAGCUGUGUGUAAGUGUAUCAGCAAUAGAUGCUCUGCAAUGAAUGGGUGCCGUCAGAAUGAGAGUCCAAACAGCUGAUAAAAACAUCACAAUAAUCCACAAGUAAUCCACAGCACUCCAGUCCAUCAGUGAACAUCUGGAGAAGACAAACUCAUCCUAAUCUGGUAUGAACUAAGAGUGAGCACGUUUUCAGAUCAUUUUUAUUUUUGGCUGAACUAUUCCUUUAACUGUUCCUUAUGUCUUUCUGAACACAUUUUCUGUUACUGACAAACUUUCUUCAGCACUCUCCAUAUGGCAACAGUUCAUAAUAAUCACGCCUGUCAUGCUUCAGAAAUGUCAAAAAGAGCAUCAGAAGUCAUUUUCUAUAACUUGUGCACUGUAUUAAAAAAAAAAAAAAAACUUUUGAAGGCUUUAUGUGAGAAAAGAGAUUUGCACACCUAUCUAUAGAAAUCUACAGAUGAUAGACAUAUAUACUGAAGUGCAUCAUUAGAGAGCAUUAAAUGUUAUUCAGUUCAGAUUAACUCCUGAACAUUGUGAUCUUGUUGCAGAAUUUUUAGUUUGAAGUUAACAUUGCAAAUUGUAUUUCUGUAUCUUAAUGUAAAGUUGAUGCAUGAAUCUAGAGAUGCAUACCAUAACACACAAACACAGAGUUGCAUUGCCAAAGAGUUCUUUAUUUAAACAAAUAAAACAUGUCUUCACUCAAAACAUCGCUGGUACUCUUUUGACAGUUAAUUUGAGUGUUUUUAUUCCCCAAUUUAUCACAUUAAACAUCCAGAGUAUCAAAGCAUUUAA